GACGUCAUGACGUCAGGUUAACGGAAACGUCCGAGUAGCAAACAGAGACGGUGGAGAGAAGUUAUCGAGACCAACCACUUUCUUCCUCCUCCACCUCCUUCUUUUCUUCGGUUUUAUUUGUGUUUAGUGUCGUGUUUCGUACCUGAAACGGAGCGAAGGACUACCAGACGUCUCAGUGCUCGAUCGCCCUUCGCUCACUGAGGUAAGACCUUCUUUUGACCCGACUCACCUGAGGCGCUUGCAGGCAUGAACCACAGCGCCAUGGACCACAGCGCCAUGGACCACAGCGCCAUGGACCACAGUCAGCACACCAUGGCUCCGCCCACCUCUGGCGGUGGACAUGACCACGGAGGAGGAAGCGAUGGCGGACACGGGGGGAUGGGGAUGGUGAUGACCUUCUACUUCGGGUACAGCAACGUGGAGCUGCUCUUCACCGGCCUGCUCAUCAACUCACCCGGAGAGAUGGUCGGGGCGUGCGUCGGUGUCUUCCUAUUGGCCGUACUGUACGAGGGGUUGAAGAUGGGCCGGGAGACGCUGCUGCGUCGCAGUCAGGUCAACGUCCGCUACAACUCCAUGCCGCUCCCUGGGGGGGACGGGACGGUGCUGAUGGAGACGCACAAGACGGUCGGCUCAGUGAAUGACAGUCGUUGUUUGGAGGAGGCGACACUUCCUGACGGAUUUAAGUCCCGCCUCUUUCAACGCUCGAUCAGGCAGCGGAUGCUAAGCCCCGCCCACUUUCUGCAGACCCUGUUGCACAUCGUUCAGGUGGUCGUCAGCUACAUCCUGAUGCUCGUCUUUAUGACCUACAACGCCUACCUCUGCAUUGCCGUGGCAGCCGGCGCCGGCAUGGGCUACUUCCUGUUCAGCUGGCGGAAGGCGGUGGUGGUCGACAUCACGGAGCACUGCCAUUAGCCGGCGCCCUCGCCAGCCUUCUGAUCGGGACGUUUAGUUUUGCUCAUCACAAUCCAACACUUUAGCUUCACGUUAGCCAACCUGGAGGCAUAAAUCACCAGGAUGUUAGCGCAGAAAGAAACGACACUAAAUUACAAGCCUUACCCGUUGGUAACCAUGGUAACGCAUCGUAACUUGUGCACUAACGUCUGUAGUUGGUGAUUAACAAAUCCAACAAGCUGACCAAUCGCGGCUCUGAUCACCUGAGGUCACCUGAUUGGCCAAAUCACGUCGUAAUGUCUUUUAUUUCCUUUUUGUUGCCAUGACAACUGGCCGAUCAGUGCUAGCUGCUGUUAGCCUACGUAGUUUACAUAUACACUCGUUAGCAUCGUUAGAGGAGCCGUCCAUCAUUAAACAAUUUCUAAUAUUAAAUAUAAAUAUAAUCAGUUAAUACAUGUUUUAGGAAAACAUUUUCAUUUAGAUUUUAUUUCAAUGAAAUUAUUUAAAAAAUAACUUUCUAGAUUUUUUUGCUGUUUGUUAAAAUAAUUUCUCCACUAAACAGACAAAUUCAUCAGAUUUAUUUUUAAAGAAAUGUAGGUUAAAUAAAAAAAACUCCGCCUUUAAAAUGAUUACAUCCUUUUAUUUUUGAGGGAUGAUUCCUAUUGGUGUUCCAGUCAGUCAAUCACAAUUCAAAUGUUUUAAACACCAUUCGUCUAGUUUUCUUCUUCAUAAAAAAGAUCAUGAAACUUGAAGCUGCUUUUUGAGUCAACUUGAACCCUUUAUGUCUGCGUCUUUCCUCUUCCACGUCGGCCUUUGAACCGAGCGCUGCCUUAACGAGGCCCCUAACGAGGCCCCUAACGAGGCCCCUAACGAGGCCCCUAACGAGGCCCCUAACGAGGCCCCUAACGAGGCCCACGACGUGUCUGCUAACGGCGUAAAGAAAAGGGACAACGGACACUUAACUGCUUCAACAGACGUCAUCGUUACUUAUCUGGAUUCUUUUUCUUUUAUUCAUAUAGAUUCAGAUCGAUAGGUGGGUGGAGUUUACCUGCUGGACCAAUCAGGAGUGUGGUUACUUUUUCUCAACUAAAUGUUAGACGUCCACUUCCUGUCCAACUAGUCUGAAUCUGGGUGUGAAUCUGUUUGACAUUGUUUAAAAUCAAGUCUUUCUGGUUAAAACUGUCUGUGAAGGAAACUGUUUGUCAGAGUAUUAACGUGUCUGAACAAUGUUUUAAUUGUCACAAAUGCUGGAAACGUAUAAUAAAGUUUAUGAAGAAACUCGCCAUCUGUUCUGAGUGUUAAACCUCAGACAGAACUAUUUACAACCAAAGUGUAACAUGUUUAUUUUAUAAGAAUUUUAUUGUAAAUCUCUUAAUCUGCAGAAAAUGAAUGAAAUGGAACUAUCAAACUAUUUGGAUAAAAUAAAAUCUGUUCAUCGUU